AAGAUGUCUAGCCGUUCACUUCAACGGCGAUGAAUCACUUUUGCGAGCUCUCGCCUUACUUGUUCUGGAAACUUCAGUAAAGCACGCUGGUGUUGCGAUGUGCGAUCCGUAAUUCCCCUGCUACCCCAUGUUGCAAAGAAUAGCUUCCGUGACCAGACGAAAGUGUAUCUUGCACAAAUUGUAAUUUUAUCCUGGCAAACGCAACAAAUGUUCGUUUUUUGGCACUGUCGACUUGCCGGCAUGAUGUGUUGCGCAACAGCACACACGGUUCAAUAUAGUGCAGCGAGUAACGCAAGACAUCACUCAACUUUCCGCAGGUCGUGAAAGUCAUGGGUCCGAAACGGAAAAUGUCGACAUUGGUGCACUGCUAUAACAAGGGUUGCCUCAAAAAAUUCGAUCCCAGCAAGAACACCCCAGAUUCCUGCCUGUUCCACCCCGGAGAGCCUGUGUUCCAUGAUGCUUACAAGAGCUGGUCAUGCUGUUCCAAAAAGACUACGGAUUUUACGGAGUUCCUCAACAUACAGGGCUGCACAAGAUCGUACCAUCAGGAUAAGAAACCUCAGGAACCCGUAAAACCGGUGGUUGUACAGUUGGAGGAGACGACACGGAGCAAUCCUAUCCAAAAACCUGUCGUGCCAAUGGAGAGACCGGACGAGAAUGACCCCAUGGUUAGACUUCCCUGCACAACAGGAGCAUCGCUCGUGCCCCUCCUUAGCAAGCUGUCUGUUUCCAAGAAUGAAGAAAUCCCAGAGAAGAAUGGCGACGGAAAUAUCACCGUAACCAUAGGAACGUCCUGCAAAAAUGCUGGCUGCAAAAAGUCGUACCAAGACGAACGCAGCAACCGGGAAACCUGUCUCUACCACUCCGGCCAGCCCAUCUUUCACGAAGGAAUGAAGUACUGGACGUGUUGCCAGAGGAAAACGUCGGAUUUCAGCAGUUUCUUGGAGCAAGAAGGUUGCACGACCGGCAAUCACACGUGGAUCAAAGAGAAAAACGAAGCGACGCACACGGCGUGUCGCUUCGACUGGCACCAGACCGGUUCCUUCGUCGUCAUCACCAUCUUCUCCAAGCUUCCCAUCCCGGACUUGUCCGUCGUGGAGGCGAAUCGCGUCAAAGUCCGCAUGUACAUCACCUUUGGCGAGCAGAAGAACGUAUUUGAAGAAACGCUCGUUCUCACUGGGGUAAUCAAUGUGGAAAAGAGCUCUGUCCAGUUUCUGGGGACAAAGACGGAAAUCCAGCUCAAAAAAGCGGAGCCAGUCAGCUGGAAAUACUUGUACCUCCCAAAGGCAAAACCUAAAGAGGCAGACCAAGACAGUGAUUGUAAUCUGGAUGACGAUUAGAUUAUAAACUAUCGAAAGGUGAUGCGUUAUUUAAUAUCGUUGCAUUUCACAACAAUGUGCUAGUUUUACUUUUUUGUUGCUGUAAUAAAUGGGUUUCCACCGUGA